AUGCACACUGGGGUUUACAUACUUCUAACGGUUACUAAAAAAAGCUGUCUAAAAGAGCUUGGGGUACGGAAAAGAUAA